CGUCAUGAAUGCUUCAGCGAGUGGCGUUCAAAGACCAAAGAAAUUUUUGUUCAACCAAAAGUGGGGUCCCGCUGGCUACAAAGAAUGGAGAGGGGUCAAUGAAGAAACGGCAAUGGAUAAAAUCAUUAAAACCAACGAGCUCAAAGCUACGCAAAUCAUCGAUGGCGCCGCCACCCUCAGAGAGGGAGAUAUUGCUGUUUCCUCUGGAAGAGCCCCCAAAAUCUGCUUUGCACGGAGCUGCCUGUGGUCCAAAUCAGUGGAUGGACAUGUCUACAUUGCAUAUAACCUCUCACCUGAAUACAAUGAAAUGGAUACAAUGCUGAUAAAGACAGGAAUGGCCAACAUAGAGCAAGGUACCUGUGUGCGUUUUGUUCCUCGGACUCACCAGAGAGACUACAUCGACAUCCAGCCAAAGUCAGGUUGCUGGUCCUACCUUGGUGCGCGUGGUGGAAGGCAGACUGUGUCUCUCCAGAUCCCUAACUGCGUCCAGGUUGGAGUGGUUUCCCAUGAAUUCAUGCACACCUUGGGCUUUGUGCACGAGCAGUCCCGCUUAGAUCGGGACAACUAUGUCACCAUCAUGUGGCCAAAUAUUUCAAGAGAUCGGUUGAGAAACUUUGAGAAGUUCAGGACUGACACUCUGGGUCUGCCCUAUGACUAUGGCUCAAUUCUGCACUUUGGAAAAUAUGCCUACUCCCAGCGUGGGGAAGCAACCAUCCUUCCAAAGGACAACAACAACAUCCAGCUGGGCCAGGCUUUGUCUCUCAGCCACAUUGACAGGCUAAAAAUCAACAGACUUUAUAAUUGUGAUGACAUGGAUGAUUAGAGACCCGACUGAAUGAAAGUGAACCAGGAGUAAAGGCCAAUUUAACAAAACUGCAGUUGAAUUAUAUGAACAGUUUCAAUAAAGAUUGAUUCAA